AUGUUUUCCUUCAUCCUUGUCCCGGUACUUCUCCUUGUCUUGACCCAUUUGAUUCAAGCGUGCGCAUCAGAUGAUGACUGCAGUCUGAACGGCCUCUGCGUCCAAAACACCUGCAUUUGUGACCCGGGAUGGACAUCCUCUGAUUGUGGAAAACUUGACCUCUACCCCGCGACCCGCUACACGGGCUACAACUGGACCCAUGUCAACCUGCCCUCCUAUUACGGGACCAAAGGCAAUUCGUCGUGGGGCGGCCAGAUUAUCCAGGACCGCACCGACAGAACCCUCUUCCAUCUAAUCCUCGAACAUUUCUCUUGGGGCUGCGGCCUCUCAGCCUGGCGCCCCUUCAGUGUCAUCGCCCGGGCCGAGUCUCGUACCGGACCAGCAGGCCCGUAUCACUACGCCCAGGAGCUCUACGGGGCAUUCAGACAUAAUCCAAGCACCGUAUGGAGUGAAGCAGACAACGCUUACCUCAUGUACACCAUCGGUAUCGAGACUGAAUUGCCCACCACAUGUCGAUCGUUCAAAUGGGCGAACAAUAUCUCCGUCGCGACUGCACCAGACAUUCGAGGUCCAUGGAAUAAGUUCACGCCCAUCAUGAAUGGAACGAAUCCCUCCGCGUGGCCGCUCUGGACGAGUGAGAGUCCUACAUCGGAUAUAGCUUUGGCUGUGGAAGACAAUGUGAUCUUCCAAGCGCCCGAUUUUGAGGGCAUAUAUGACAAGAUCAAAAUACAAACCUGGAACACGUCCGACAACUCUCCGACAUGGACAGAAGACCCCUUUCUCUGGAGGGACAAGCGAGGAAACUGGCAUAUUCUCGCACAUUGGAUGAUUGACAUCGCGGAGAGAGGGGAGAAGUAUCCUCGUGUUGGGGCGCAUCUGUACUCCAGAGAUUUGAGCGGGAACUGGACAUUCAAGUUGCAGGAGGCAUACAACACGACGGUGGUGUUCACGGAUGGAGGGCGAACGGACUAUAUGAGGAGAGAAAGGCCGAAGUUAUUCUUCAGUGACGAUGGUGAGAUGACUCUAUUGUAUUUCAGUAGUGGAGUGCAGGAGUUCAAUAGUUCGGCGACCUACACUGUCAUACAACCUCUGGGUCAGAGGGCGAAGGAGUACGAGGAGGCUUUGAGGUUUUAG